AUGCUCCCUUCGACGCCUUUCCCUAGUGCUAAUGCAACCAUGGCAUACAUGACUGAGAAUGGGCCACCCGCGAGCACCGGAAGACCUCGCCCGGUACCUGCCUCCGCCUCCAAAGUCGUCAGUCCUGUCGCUGUCAGUAUCUCAAUAACCUUGGUACUGUCGAUCUUCGUGUGGCGAUUCGUCGUCUGCAUCCGACGCGGACGACGGGAGAGGUCUCCCGGUCUCCUUGCCAGCUUGGGUCUUGUACCGAGACCUCGACUUUACGAGCCACUGCUGGUGCCUCCACGCUUCGUAUCAGGUGUGAACGGGGGAUGGGGGAGCCUGAUGCCAUUGACGAUGAGCUAUCUCCCCGUCGACGAUCUGCCUACCACUUCGCAGUCUUCAAGGCGGCGUUUUGAACGGAGAAGGGACGUGGGUGUCAGCCGGCGUGCGCAAGUCAUGGUCUUGGUCGCAUUGCCUACGGCGCAGAAUGCACGGACGGGCCCUCCUGCGUCGUGUAUUGGGGUCGUCGAUGUUCGAUGUUCGUAA